AUGAUUACUGAUCUUGCUACUUCUAAGAGUUUGAGUAAUUACAGAAGGUCACAUGAACUUGUUGGUAAUGUUACUGCAAUCAAGAGUUGGCGUAGGCAGAUUCUAAGCGCGUUAGAGUAUCUUCAGAACCCAGAGGAUUUAGACAGUGAACAGAAUGAGAAGAGUGAUAUAUACUCGUUCGGGAUGUGUGUGCUACAGAUGAUGACUAAGGAAGCUGUGUACAGCGAAUACAGAUCAGAAUAUGAACUUUUUGCAAAGAUUAAGUUGGGUGUUAAGCCGGUUGCUCUGUACCUUGUGCAAGACAGAAUGAUAGUGUCCAAGGAAGUGCUGUACAGCGAAUACGAAAACAACAAGGAGCUCAUUUUCGAAAGCAUUCAGAACUGUCAACUGCCUAAAGUGCUAUACAGAGGGGAAGAGUCCCCAAAAUACAGAGGGAAAAAGUCCAAGAUUAGGAAAUUCAUUGACAGGUGUCUGCUUCCUACAUCAGAAAGGCCUUCGGCAAUUGACCUUCUGAACGAUCCGUUUCUUGCAGACGCCGAUGUUCCUGAAACAUCGACAGCAGGUAAUAGUGCUGCUAGUAUUCAGACUCUAACAAAGACUGUGCGUGAUCAGGUGGAAAGAUUACAAGGGAGAAUGUCUGAUGAUGAGACUGUUUCUGAAACAUCUAGACAACUACGCAAUGUUCUGCCAAAUAGGCCACCUCCUGAGGCAGAGACAAAAGUUACUGAAAAAUCGACUGCUGCAUCACAAUCUACGGAACAGGAAGAAGAGGAGAAAGAGGAUGAUACACCUCUGAUACGAAGGAGAAGAACUACACGUAAUGUUAAGCGUGGGGGUGAGACAUUUGGGUCACAAGAAGGAUCAUCUGAGACUGUUUCGCAAUCUAAGACACACGAGACAUCUACUGAUGAGCAAGAUCAGACACGCCAUGACCACUGA